AUGGUUGCGACCUUUUCACCACACCGGGACUCUGGGGGCACCCUCCACCUGCCAUCCCACUCGCCGCUCCAUCACGUCGAUGCCACUUCCGCCAUCCGCCAGCUUCGGCGCUCGUUGUCGCGCUCGCCUUCCAAAAGCUCCAACUUCUUCCUCAAUUCACGGAACCACUCCCCCUCCAAGUCCGCCCCAUACGUCUCCUCACCUCUGUCGCCCUCGCGGCGAUCCGCUCACAACAACUUUGUUCUCUUCCCAUCUAGCAGCCAGCAAUCACCUCUUGCAGUCCCAUACCCACCUAGCGCAAAGAUUACACGACCGGCCAUGCGUCGGCGAACCUCCCCGCGCAGCCCGGCCAAGCGCGCUCUCACCGUGUCCGCCGACGGCGGCAACGCGAUUUCAACUCAACCCAUUUCCAUUGCGCCAGGUGAAGAAAAUGCCUUGACACUGGACGACUUGGCCGAUCCAAGUGAGAGUAAUACCUGCGGCAGUCCGCGUUUGGGCGCCACUCCAGCUGCCUCUCUGACCGAAUCUACUCUUGCGCCACGACCCACUUUGUCGCGCAUUGAAAAGCGACGGAGUGGCACCUUUGGAACCUUUGCGACAGUCAGUCCUUUGAAGCGCAGCGACGGGAUCAUGAAUCUGGACCAAGCCUCUCGCGGCAGUCCCUCGGCAAAAAGACGCAGUGUUCAUGCGUCCAACUUUGCGACUGACUUUAGCAUCUUUGACCACGAUAGUGAGACUGCGCCGGCGAGUCCUGCUGGGAAUAACAAUGAAUUGCCAUCCUUCCCGACUCCUAUCCAACCUUUCAGCCCGUUCGCGACUAUUCCCAAGCGAUCUUCCUCACUGCGGCGAUCAACUUUGCAGCAGCGACAGGGGGAGCGCUCUCUCUUUGGUCGGCCCAGGGCCAUGGGUGAUGCCGAGGGAUCGCCUGGCACUCCGUUGGUAGUGCGGCCGCGCAUGUCGUUUGAUAGCGGCCUUUUCCAAUCUGGUCAAGAAACCAGCAACCUCUUUUCUCCUCGUCCACCUCCCGCCAAUCCUCUCUUUUCGCCAAACCCACCCGCCAUGAACACAAACACCAAUGUUGGAACCACUCAGCCUCCUCGCCCUGCUGCUCACCCUCUCUCCCGUACGAUCACUCAAUCCUCCUCUGGAUCGAGUCUCGAAGACUCUCCUACCCAUGAACCCGUCCACAAGCCUGAGCGCGCCCCACGACCACUUUUCAACUUCUCCAAAUCGCUUCCAGCUGGCGCCACACGGCCUGCGCCGGUGCGCCGGGUGACUCGUGAAGACUCAGGCGAGUCGUUCGCGACACCGGAGAAUUACAAGCUCGUCAAGCCUUUGCCAGCUGCUUUCAUGUCCACCGGAUUGAUCUCGAAGAAGAAUCGCAAUGCAGAGGAGCCACAUGCUGGGGGGUUCAACAAGAACAUGCCGGAUACCCCAUGCAAGCGGCCCGUCAACCUCUUCACGGCUGGAGCAAACCCUCCACCAGACAGUCUUUUCAACAAGUCUCAAUUCGGUCGACCGUCUGAGGCGGCGCCUGCAUCCCCAUUCAACCCACCUGACUCGUCUGCUCGCCCGACGGCCGGUCCCUUUGCCCGCGGCAUGGGCAUCUUCGGCAGCAACUUCAGCCGUCCUGAAGCAUCGCGCCGUGGGAGCGUCGUGAGCGUCGAUGGUGACGACAUGCUGCAAGCCCAGUCCCCAUCUUCGCGCCAUGACAGCCAACCCCUGACUGAUUCCGACUUCCCUCCUACUCCUACUAAACAGACUUUCCUCCCAUCUCGCACCUAUCCUCCAACCACCUCUCAGAUCGCCUCGCUGGAGCGCCUCUCGGAAUCGAGGGGCAGCGCCAAUUCGACUCCUCUACGUGAUCGGUUCCUGCAGGCUUCCACUUCCCCUCGUACCCCUCGCGAUCAGUUCUUCCCUCCCGACCCCAGCGGCUUGUCCAUCUCCGCGCCGAACGAGCAGCAGUGUCUCCAACCCGAUUUCGGCAGCAGCACCAAUCUUCCUGCGACCCCGACUGGUCCUCGCGAAUCUUUACUCUCGAGCAAGCGCCCUAGUCUCCAGCUGAGUGGGUAUCAUGCUCCUGAUGUCGACUCCAGCUUGACCUCCCGCUUUGAGAAGGUUGAGCUCAUUGGUACCGGGGAGUUCUCUCAGGUCUAUCGGGUUGCUCAGCCUCAUGAUGCCGCCUUUCCUUCUAUGUUCUCCCUUCCCUCCAGUGGCCCCAAGUCGCCCACUCUCUUAGCUCAACAGGUAUGGGCUGUGAAGAAGAGCAAGCAACCGUACACGGGUUUGAAGGAUCGCGAGCGCCGCAUUCGCGAGGUGGAUAUCUUGAAGACACUAGUCAACGCAGAUCACGUUGUCUCCUUCAUGGACAGCUGGGAGGACAAUUGCCACCUCUACAUCCAAACUGAGUUUUGCGAGGAGGGAAGCUUGGAUGUUUUCCUGGCUCAGGCUGGCCUCAAGGCCCGACUUGAUGACUUCCGCAUCUGGAAAAUCCUGCUUGAGCUCUCUUUGGGACUGAAGCAUGUUCAUGACCAGGGUUUCAUUCAUCUUGACCUGAAGCCAGCCAACAUUCUGGUCACCUUUGAAGGUGUGCUGAAGAUUGGAGACUUUGGUAUGGCUACCCGCUGGCCUGCUGAGGAUGGUAUUGAGGGCGAAGGGGAUCGCGAGUAUAUUGGCCCGGAGAUUCUGAUGGGCCGCUUUGACAAGCCCGCCGAUAUCUUCUCCCUUGGUCUAAUCAUGUUUGAGAUCGCCGGUAACGUGGAGCUGCCUGACAAUGGAGUGUCAUGGCAGAAGCUUCGCAACGGUGAUAUGAGCGACGUGCCCAGUUUGACCUGGAGCUCGGAGACUAGCAUCUUCCGUGACGCCUCUGGCAACCCCGUCUCUAAUGAGUCGUCCUUUGAAGCGCUCUGUGCAUCUGACCUGGUUGAUGACGACUUUGGUGAUGAAUUCCUGACUAGCCGCAAAAUUAGUGGCCACAAGCCGUCCCGACUCGCCCGCAGCGGCGAGCUUGUCGACCCUCCCAUCUUCAUGAUUGACGCUCACCAUAAUCAAGCUCUGGACAAGAUCGUCCGCUGGAUGAUCUCUCCUGAGCCCCAUGAUCGACCUACUGCCGAUCAGAUUCUGGAAACCUACGGCGUACAAUUUGUGAACCAGCGCCGCCGUGCUGGUGCUACCGUCUUCGAGGGCAACUGGGGUCCUGCGGACGAGAUCUUGGCUGAAGAUGCCGAAAUGAUCGAUGUGUAA